AUGGUUCUAUUUUACCAUUUGGAUCUGUAUCCAUUUUGAUUUGACCACUUUGUUUGAGUGUGGAAAAUGUAAUACUGCACAUCAAAGACUCUUGUCCAUGCUUGUGAGAACCUGGUUAUUCCAUUAAAAAACCAUUUCCUCCCUUUUUCUUUUGAUCAUGAUAAAUGUCUUUCAGAAUCAGCCAAUCAAUGUCAACUUUGCAUUUGCCGUGGUCGAUUUGGUGUACAACCUGUGCCUUGCCUCGUGCUUAACCUAACUUUCAGACUUGAAUUUCCAUCUACUUUGAGUGAAGAGUAUUUCAAAACCUCUUCCCCCUUAAAAGCUUUGAGCAAUGAGAAGCGAAAAUGAAAAACCAGAGAAGUGAAACACAAACCAACCAAAGCCAUGGAAGAAGAUACAAUAGUCCUCUACGCAGCUCCAGGAAUGGGGCACAUAAUCUCCAUGGUUGAGCUAGGCAAGCUCAUUCUCAAUCGUUACCCCGGAAAAUUCUCCAUUACCAUUCUCUACACUUGUGGCUGUUUUGUUGACACUCCAAGCAUCCCCGCCUACAUCCAGCGCAUCUCCCUAGCCCAUCCUUCCAUCUCCUUCCGCCAAUUCCCUCGCGUUCAAAUUGAAAAUACAUUAAUUGGAGCAGCCAUAAUGUUCGAUUUCAUUCGCCGAAAUGAUCCUCAUGUCCGCCAGGCCCUCCAAGAAAUUUCUAAAUCUUUAGCCAUUCGCGCUUUUAUCAUCGACAUCUUCUGCUCCUCUGCUAUGCCAAUGGCGAAGGAACUCGGCAUUCCCACCUACUACUUUUACACCUCUGGCGCUGCAGCUCUUGCGGCUUUUCUGUAUUUCCCAAAAAUCGGGGAACAAACCACCAAGAGCUUCAAGGAUCUGACUGAGACUGUUUUGGAGUUUCCCGGGUUGAAGUCUCCCCUGAAUGCCCCCCACAUGCCUGAGGCAAUGCUUGAUCGAGACGACCCUUCGUAUUGGGACAUGGUCUACUGCUGCUCCCACCUUCCCAAAUCUAAUGGGAUCAUAGCCAACACGUUUGAAGAGCUCGAGCCUCCUGCAGUCCUCAAAGCCAUUGCUGAAGGUCUUUGUGUUCCUGAUGCUCCCACUCCUCCUGUCUACUAUAUCGGGCCGUUGAUUGCUGAAGAAAAAGAAUCUAGGGAUUCUACAGAGGCAGAAGAUUGUUUGUCAUGGCUUGAUCAACAACCAAGUAGAAGUGUGGUGUUUCUUUGUUUUGGAAGCAGAGGAUCAUUCUCAGGGGCUCAAUUGAAGGAGAUAGCAGAUGGGUUGGAGAAGACUGGACAGAGGUUUUUGUGGGUAGUGAAGAAGCCUCCCCUUGAUGAGAAAACCAAGCAGGUCCAUGGAGUACAUGACUUUGAUUUGGAGGGUUUGUUGCCAGAAGGGUUCAUGGAGAGGACCAAAGAUAAGGGCUUGGUGGUGAAGUCAUGGGCGUCGCAGGUGGCAGUGUUGAAGAAGGAAUCGGUGGCAGGGUUCGUGACACAUUGUGGGUGGAACUCGGUGCUUGAAGCGGUGAUUGCCGGCGUGCCGAUGGUGGCAUGGCCGCUCUAUGCAGAGCAACAUUUGAAUAAGAGUGUUUUGGUGAAGGACAUGGAAAUGGCGAUUGCAGUGGAGCAGAGAGAGGAAGAUGGGUUUGUGUUUGGGGAUGAAUUGGCGAGAAGCGUUAGGGAGUUGAUGGAGUUUAAAAAAGGGGAAGAGCUUAGAGAAAGGAGCAGGAAAAUGGGAGAGAUGGCUUUGGCUGCUUGGAGUGAGUCUGGUUCAUCCACUAGAAACUUGGUUAACUUUGUUAAUAGCAUUACAUAAGUUAUGGAUUUGCACUUUGCACUUGGUGAAUAAAAAAAUAAAGGGGAAUACCAAGGGUGCAUCUUCUUGUUCA